GGAAUGGGAUGAUGGGAAAUAGGCCCUCACGUGAUAGGCAAGCGGUAGAUUUUACUCGGCUCGCUUCGGUGGCUUCGGUUUCGUCUGCUGCGGGGGUUUCGGAAUAUGCGCAUAUACUCGGCGCGGCAAACGCGCGCCGAGGUUAGUUCAUGAAGGGAUCCGUGUGGCAGUCGAGUCUUUGUAACGCACCGAACCACCACGCAGCUGGCCGCUUAAUUAGCAGACAGGCGCCAAGGCUGUUGCGAACGAAGGCGUCGGCAUUGCGCCCAACAACCCGGGAGGACCACCUCAAGGACGACUGGUUGCGUUUCGGGGCGGUUUCAGGGAAACGAGGAAACCUUUCGUCCUGCAAACGUGUGAAGGCAACCAAGCCGCCUUUCCGACGGCGAUACGUCGCGUUUGGGGACGUCGUUUGGGAAACAAUGAUGCCUUUCGCCCCCGCAAAAAUGUGUAGGCGAUUAAGCGAGCGUACAAGGCCCGAAGCGACUGCUUUCCCACGGGAAGAAAAUUCGUCCCGUAUUGUGCCCAAGGAUGCACUGGCGAGCCGGGGACUCCGAACAUAUUUAGCGCCGUGCCGGCCCAUAGUUAAGGUAGACGGUCCCACUCAACGCGCUGUCGUUCUGCUCAUAGUCUUCGGCCUCUCAGCAGACCGGCGAGAACUACCGUCAGCAAGGCGCACCUGCGUGAUGAAGUGUUGUGUGCCAGGAUGCCCUAACCGAACAGAAAAUCGGCGUGAUGGUCUGUCCUUCCAUAGGUUUCCAAGGCAGCGUGACCUGAGAGAAGAGUGGGCCCUAGCAGUGUGCCGCUCACCUGCGUGGGCACCAUCACAUUGGAGCGUUGUUUGCUCGGAGCACUUCAGCGACGGUGAUUUUGCGAGCGGUACCAAAGGCCACGGUCACUUGAUGGCUAAUGCAGUACCAUCGCUCGCGGGCCCCACCAAGAUGCUUGCAAAGGACGAUGCUACAGCAAUGAGGCAACCUUCAAGUGCACCAGCUUCAUCCGCGGGAAUAUCACAGCAUCAAGAUGAGCCAGCAGGUCUCUCUGAAGUGACAAUAGCCAUGGACAUCUCCGAGGGCUUGUCAGAUGUGCUAGCAGAGGGUGCUGCUGCAACUGCUAGCUCGUCCUUCGCUGAUUCAGACAUUGCUGAUGAGCCUUCCGAAAUCCAACAUGUCCUGCCACAGCAAGCAGAAGACACACCUGAAAAGGCCUUUCUGAGGCACGAAGUGAGGCGUUACUCGCAACUGCAAACUGCGAGCAAGAAAAAGAUCAAGACUCUGCAGCAAUCCCGUCGCCGGCUUUUACAUAAGGUUGCUCAUCUUCAAGAUGUAAUUCAAGAUUUGUCUGAGAAUCGCAUUCUAGGAAAUGAGGAUGUUGCCACGCUGCAGAGUCUUGGCAUCGCCGGCGCGGACCUGGAGACCCAGAGGGGUCUACUCGAGCAGGCCCGGCGAGCAGCUCUGGCCAGUGGAGUCUCGGAAUAG